GUGCGAGUGUAACUGACAGAAGAUGGCAGGGGGUCUAAUUCGAGGCAAACUGAUAGCUAUUAUCGGGGAUGAGGACACAGUCACCGGCUUCUUACUCGGUGGAAUAGGGGAGCUGAACAAGAACCGAAAACCAAAUUUUUUGGUGGUGGAGAAGGAGACGAGCGUUACCGAGAUAGAAGAGACGUUCAGAAGUUUUCUAAAUCGUGAUGAUAUAGGGAUUAUUUUGAUCAACCAGUUCAUUGCUGAGAUGAUUCGCCAUGCAAUUGACGCGCACACGAUCUCCAUCCCCGCAGUACUUGAGAUCCCUUCAAAAGAACAUCCGUAUGAUGCAACCAAGGACUCUAUACUGCGCAGAGCCAAGGGAAUGUUUACAGUGGAUGAUUUGCGGUAAUUCGGGAAACAAAUGCAGGGAUCUUCCAUACUUCAGAUCCUGCCGGAUUCCUUAUUUGGUUGUAUGGGUGUUAAAUCUCGAUUAUAAAAUUAAAAUGGAAUUGUCUCUCCUCAUUUGUGUUUACAUGCUGUGUGUUAUCUCCUCAACUGCAAAUGCCAAAUUUGCUUUGCCCCCUUUUUGUUAAAGUCUGUAGUGUCUAGAAAUGUCUCCAUAUUGCUUUUGCUCAGCUAUAGACUAUUUGAUAGACUAUUUAUAAUUAAUUUAAAAAAUAUUUAAAUGCUCAUUAAGGUUACUGAGAGGUCAGUGUUUGGCAGCUUACCCCAUCUACAUUUAAAUGUGUACAGUGGCUACUAUAAAUGUUUUUGGGACUGUACUACUGGAACAAAAUGUCAAUGCUUAUAAGUCAUUGUUGGUAAUCCUAAAAUAUAUAUGAAUCCCAACCACAUAAGGAAUGGCACCAAAAACCGAGAUGUUCAGUAUGUCUUUACCUUAUAAUUGAAGUUGUGAUGGUUUUCCUAAUAAAAUAUAUUCUUAUAGAACUAUAAAAAAA